CUAAAGGGAACAGGCUACUAGUCCAAUCGGCUACCGGGAAAAAAAACAAGCUGGGGCCGGGCGCCGCCAUGGCAACUGAUACCGGAAAAGGCGGGUCGUUCCUUCCGGACUGAGCCACACCGGCAAAGAUCUCGAGAUGCAGGCAGCCCUGGAGAUCACCGCUCGCUACUGCGGCCGGGAGCUGGAGCAGUAUGGCCAAUGUGUGGCCGCCAAACCUGAAUCCUGGCAGCGGGACUGUCACUACCUUAAGAUGAGCAUUGCCCAAUGCACAUCCGCUCACCCAAUCAUCCGUCAGAUCCGCCAGGCCUGUGCUCAGCCUUUCGAGGCCUUUGAGGAGUGUCUUCGGCAGAACGAGGCAGCUAUGGGCAACUGUGCGGAGCAUAUGCGCCGCUUCCUGCAGUGCGCUGAGCAGGUGCAACUGCCACGCUCACCUACGACUGUGGAGGCACAGCCACUUCCUGCCUCCUGAGGACUCCUUUGCCUGCAGGAAAACUGGAUAUGAAUGACUGCCCCCUGCACCCCUCCCCUGCAGAGUGGCCAGAUGGAGUCCUGAGCCCUGGCUGUGUGACUGGCUUUCCUGGAUAUCAGGACUUCCAAUAAAUAAAGACUGCGUAUACUGGG